CCCGCCCGCUCCUCAUUUCAAAUUUUCAAUCUCUCUCUCUCUCUUCCUUCUCUCUCCAUCUCUCUGUCCGAACCCUAAUUUUCCAAUUCCCAGUCUUCUGAGUAGCAAUCCCUUCGAUCCAUUCCCCCAAUUGGCCUUCCAAUUCAUCUCUUCAAGCUACUUCACUGGGGUUGCUCUUCGGAUUUCAACCUAGCCUUGCUUCCUGAAGUGAAGAUUCAGAGGUUUCUCUGCUCUGUACUUGCCUAAUGAUGUCUACUCGGAAUCAGAACAGGGCUCCUCGCAGUCCCACCGGUAAAAAGGGUGGUGCUGUUGAAGUUCCGAUGGACAAACGUAGGAAGAUUGGUGCUGGUCGAACGACGGGAAGGCAGCCUCUCGUGGAGGCAAACUGUAAGAAGGAUGGGGCAGGUGGGAGUGACGCGGCCAGUGCCAAGGCCUCAGAGAAUGCCAACAUUGUGUUCACGAAGGAGGAAGUGGAGGCCUUGUUGAAUGAAGUGCUCAAGUUGAAGAAGCUCGAUGCCAAGGGAAAUAUGCAGCUGAUGACGGACCAGAAUAAGAGGCUGAAGCUUGGCCUGAAAUGGUCCUUCCAGGAGCAGGAAAGGUUGCAAAUGGACUUGGAAUCUACUCAGAAGAAGUGUGCAGAUACUGAGACUGAAAUGGAGAAAAAAGUGCUGGAAUUGAACUCGAAUCUCGCUAAUUUGAAGAAUGAGAAUGCUUCUUUGGAUGAGAGACUUGCAAAAGAAUCAUCAGAGAAGUUGCAUGCACUCGAUCUUCAUAGAAUGGAAGCAGAAGCCAGGGUUGCUGCUGAAAGGCUACAAGCCUCUCUUUCAGAAGAUCUGGAAAAAAUCAGGCAGGAGAAACAAGUUGCUGAUCAGCAGGUUGUCUCACUAAAAGAAACUUACAAGAGACUGCAAGAGUAUAAUACAAGUUUACAGCAAUACAAUACCAAACUUCAAACAGAUUUGUCAUCAGCAAAUGAGUCACUAACUCGGGUGGAGAAGGAAAAGUUGGCUAUUGUGGAGAACCUUAGUACAUUGAGGGGUCACUACAACAGCUUACAGGAUCAGUUAACAUCAUCCAGAGUUGCUCUGGAUGAUGCUGUAAAACAAAAAGAAUCAUUAGUGAACGAACUAAAGUGCCUCCGAGAAGAACUCCAAAAGGUUAGAGAGGAUCGGGAUCGUCAAGUCACGCAAGUACAAGGUUUAACAACUGACAUACUUAGGUACAAAGAAGCAACGGGGAAGUCUAUCAUAGAGCUGGAUAACUUGGCAGCAAAAUCACAAGCCUUACAGGAAACAUGUUCUUCCCAGGCAGAACAAAUACGUGUUUUGCAGCUUCAACUUGCUGCUGCAAAUGAGAAAUUAAAGAUGGCUGAUCUCUCUGUAGUAGAGAACAAGAUGAAACAUGAAGAGCAUGAGAGGACUAUAAGUGAAUUAAGAGGUCAUUUGGCAGAUCUGGAGCAGCAGGUCAUUGAUGGAGAAACCUUAAGGAAGAAACUGCACAACACUAUCUUGGAACUGAAAGGGAAUAUACGUGUCUUUUGCCGAGUUCGCCCAUCAUUACCGGAUGAAGGCAUUGGCAGUGAAGCCAUUGUCUCUUAUCCUACUGCUGCUGAGUCUCUUGGCCGAGGCAUUGAUCUGAUGCAAAGCGGACAAAGAUAUCCCUUCACAUUUGACAAGGUAUUCAACCACGAGGCUUCUCAGGAGGAUGUGUUCUUGGAAAUAUCCCAGCUGGUUCAGAGUGCGCUCGAUGGUUACAAGGUCUGCAUAUUUGCUUACGGUCAAACGGGCUCUGGAAAAACUUAUACGAUGAUGGGGAAGCAUGACCAGAAGGGUCUGAUACCUCGAUCGCUAGAACAGAUAUUCCAAACUAGCCAAGCUCUUAAGGCUCAAGGUUGGAAGUACAAAUUGCAGGUUUCUAUGUUGGAAAUUUACAACGAGACAAUUCGUGAUUUGCUGCUUCCUAGAAGUUCGAAUGGGUUGGACUUGAUUCGAAGUGACAGUGGGGUGGGUGGAAAGCAAUACUCCAUCAAGCACGAUGCGAAUGGGAACACACACGUGUCGGACCUAACUUUAGUGGAUGUCUGCAGUGUCAGGGAGAUCUCCUCAUUGCUAGAGCAGGCAGCACAAAGCAGGUCUGUUGGGAAGACCCAAAUGAAUGAACAGUCGUCAAGAAGCCACUUUGUUUUUACUUUGCGAAUUUUUGGAGUAAACGAGAAUACUGAGCAACAAGUGCAAGGUGUCCUGAAUUUGAUAGAUUUAGCUGGAAGCGAGCGACUAUCGAGGAGUGGAGCAACUGGAGAACGGUUAAAGGAAACUCAGGCUAUAAAUAAGAGCCUAUCAUCAUUGGCCGAUGUUAUUUUUGCUUUGGCCAAGAAGGAGGACCAUGUGCCUUUUAGGAAUUCAAAGCUCACUUAUCUACUGCAGCCGUGUCUAGGAGGGGACUCAAAGACGCUCAUGUUUGUCAACAUCUCCCCUGAGCCCUCUUCCACCGGCGAGUCCCUAUGCUCCCUUCGGUUCGCAGCAAGGGUGAACGCCUGCGAGAUUGGGAUUCCAAGGAGGCAGACCGCCAUGCGCCCCAUGGACUCUCGCCUCAGCUGCGGGUAACAAGGCCCGUUGAAAUGCCAGAAGUAGUCAUGUGAUAAUCUGUCUGUAACAGAGAGUUGAAAGAGUGUUUGGCCUCCCCUAUCCUCUAGGGGAGGGUUGUGCAUUAGUGAGGUGUUUUAAGGUUUUUGUGCCUUUUUCUUAUUGUAUUAAUAAUAUCUUUAGGAAGGGUGUUCAGCUGCUUAUAGUAUUUGCUUACUCCUCAGGGUCUUUCCAGUUGGUGGUGGCCCAAAAAUAUGGUCUAAUUACUGAAAAUUGUUUCAUCUAAUGCCUGAUGAGUUUCAUUAA